UUUGGGACAAAACUUUUAAAGCAUCAUUCCGUUUAAAUAAACAGAUCGAAUGCUCUGCGCGCUUAGAACCAACACUAAAUCUUGCCCAGUGGAGAGUGGAUGCUCACUAACUGCCGUAUGCAGACGUAAAUCUUAAGAGCCAAAACAAAAGAAAAGCGUAUUUGGUUUGUGUAGGGUUUAACCCGCAAAACCCUAAUUUCACUACUUCCCCUACCCUUGCAACCAUCAUGACCAAGGUUUACGGGACGGGGACAUAUGAUUUCCGCCGCCACCGCGUCGCCGAGUACCCGGUUGCGACGCCGGCGGAGCCCAAAGCGGUAGGUAAUGUAACCUCUGGUGGCAGUGGUGCCGUUACGAGCAGCAUCACUCUGUCGGAGAUUCAGCGCGACCGGCUGACGAAGAUUGCGGAGGCGAACUGGUUGACGAGCGGCGAAGCAGCGGCGACGAGGGAGAAGAAGGAGCUGGACCCUGACCUGGUUCGCAAAAUCUACGAGACCGAAUUGUUGGUGAAGGAGGGUUCCAAACCCGUGCCCUUGCAACGCGUUAUGAUUCUGGAGGUUAGCCAGUAUCUCGAGAAUUAUUUGUGGCCUCAUUUCGAUCCUCUCACUGCCACCUUCGAGCACGUGAUGUCCAUCAUCAUCAUGGUCAACGAGAAGUUUCGUGAGAAUGUUGCUGCUUGGACUUGCUUCCAUCAGAGGAAAGACGCUUUCAAAGGCUUUCUUGAGAGGGUUCUUCGCUUAAAGGAGGGACGGGAGCUGAGUAUAGCAGAGAAGAUAAAUUAUCUAGUUUUCAUGAUAAAUGCCUUUCAGAGUUUGGAAGAUGAGGUUGUUAGCAGGACAAUAUUGAGACUAGCAAGUUUGAAAUCUUGGCACAGUUUAUCUUAUGGUCGUUUUCAGAUGGAGCUUUGUCUUAAUCCUGGUUUGAUCAAGAAAUGGAAAAGGAUGAUAAAGAAGGAGCCUGUGAAAGGAGGUGGAUUACAUUUAGAUCCCUCAACUACAGUUGAAGUGAUGUUCGUGAGAAACCUCAUAGAAGAAUUUCUUGAGAUACUGGAUUCACAAGUAUUUCCUCAGAAACAAUUUUCUGGUGGGGACGAUGAAAUGCUUGAUGGUACUGGUUCCGGGCUUGUUAAUGAUGCUUGUGUCCUGUACUGUGAGAGGUUUAUGGAAUUUCUAAUUGACCUGUUGAGUCAAUUACCAACGAGGAGGUAUUUGAGGCCUCUUGUGGCUGAUGUAGCUGUAGUUGCAAAAUGUCAUUUAAGUGCACUCUAUAGGCAUGAAAAAGGGAAACUUUUUGCCCAGUUGGUUGAUUUGCUGCAAUUCUAUGAAGGGUUUGAGAUUAAUGAUCAUACAGGAACACAGUUAACAGAUCAUGAGGUUCUUGAAACUCAUUACAGUCGGUUGCAGUCUUUCCAGCUUCUUGCCUUUAAAAAGAUGGAAAAGCUGCGGGAACUUGCUUUGACUAACAUUGGUUCUAUUCACAAACGUGCUAAUCUGUCCAAGAAAUUGUCUGUUCUUUCUCCGGAGGAGUUAAGGGAGUUUGUUUGCUGUAAGCUCAAACUGGUCUCUAAGGAAGACCCCUGGUCAGAGAGGGUUGAUUUUCUUAUUGAAGUAAUGGUAUCCUAUUUUGAGAAGCAACAAUCUCAAAAAGAAGCUAUUAAUGCUCUUCCCCUUUACCCAAAUGAGCAGAUUAUGUGGGAUGAAAGUGUUGUACCUAGCAUAAAUUACUCAGGAGAAGGCUGUUUAGCAUUACCAAAGCUGAACUUACAGUUCUUAACACUUCAUGAUUAUCUUCUUCGAAAUUUUAAUCUUUUUAGACUUGAAUCAACAUAUGAGAUACGUGAAGACAUUCAGGAAGCUGUUCCACAUCUUCUUGCAUAUAUUAAUAAUGAUGGAGAAACUGCUUUUCGUGGUUGGUCAAGAAUGGGAGUGCCAAUCAAAGAAUUCAAAAUUUCUGAAGUUAAACAACCUAACAUUGGAGAAGUCAAACCAUCAUCUGUGACUGCAGAAGUUACUUAUAGUAUUUCCAGCUACAGAGCACAGAUUAGAUCAGAAUGGGAUGCACUCAAAGAACAUGAUGUAUUGUUUUUACUAUCUAUUCGUCCAUCAUUUGAGCCUCUUAGUGCAGAAGAAGAAGACAAGGCUAGCGUUCCACAGAAGCUUGGCCUACAAUAUGUACGUGGAUGUGAAGUUAUUGAGAUUCGGGAUGAGGAAGGAAACCUUAUGAAUGAUUUUUCUGGAAGGAUUAAACGUGAUGAGUGGAAACCACCGAAAGGGGAACUGCGAACAGUAACUGUGGCUUUGGAUACAGCACAAUAUCACAUGGAUGUAAGUAAUAUUGCCGAGAAAGGGGCAGACGAUGUUUAUGGUACAUUUAAUGUGUUGAUAAGGAGGAAGCCAAAAGAAAACAAUUUUAAAGCCAUCUUAGAAUCAAUAAGGGAUUUAAUGAAUGAAUACUGCAUUGUUCCUAAGUGGUUGGAAAACAUUUUUCUCGGUUAUGGGGAUCCUUCUGCUGCGCAGUGGACUAAUAUGCCUGAUCUAUUAGAGACAGUAGAUUUCAAAGAUACUUUUGUUGAUGCUGAUCACUUGAAAGAAAGUUUUGUGGAUUAUGAGGUGUCUUUUAUUAAUUCCAAUGGCACAGAAAAUUUGAACCCAAGGCCUCCUUUUAAGAUCAAGCUUCCGAGAACACUCAAACCAAGCAAUGGAUCUCUUACUGGGAAGGCUAUGUCUACUGCUGGUGCUACAAAUGGUAUCAAUACGGCUGAUACUAAUUAUCAGAAAGAAACACUAAUUAUUGAGGCAUAUACUCCUCCAGAUCCUGGUCCAUAUCCUCAAGACCAGCCUAAACAAAAUUCAGUUAGAUUUACUCCUACUCAGGUUGAAGCAAUUAUCUCCGGCAUUCAGCCCGGUUUAACGAUGGUUGUGGGACCACCUGGUACAGGAAAGACUGAUACAGCUGUACAAAUUCUGAAUGUUCUUUAUCAUAAUUGUCCUUCUCAAAGAACCUUGAUAAUUACUCAUUCAAAUCAGGCUUUGAAUGACCUAUUUGAGAAGAUAAUGCAGAGAGAUGUUCCUGCACGGUAUCUUCUUCGACUUGGUCAAGGAGAACAAGAGCUAGCAACUGAUCUUGAUUUUAGUCGGCAGGGUCGCGUUAAUGCUAUGCUUGUGAGACGGUUAGAAUUGCUGAGUGAAGUGGAGAGACUGGCAAGAUCUCUUCAAUUACCAGAGGAUGUGGGUUACACUUGUGAAACUGCAGGAUACUUUUGGUUACUUCAUGUUUAUUCACGCUGGGAGCAAUUUCUUGCUGCUUGUGCUGAGAAUAAAGAAAAGUCAACAUUUGUUCGAGAUCGUUUCCCCUUCAAAGAGUUCUUCUCUGAUACACCACUUCCCGUAUUUACAGGCGAGUCUUUUGAGAAAGAUAUGCGAGCUGCUAUGGGGUGCUUUUGUCAUCUUAAAACCGUGUUUCAAGAACUUGAAGAGUGCCGGGCAUUCGAAUUACUUAAGUCAACUGCUGAUAGGGCUAACUAUUUAAUGACCAAGCAGGCUAAGAUUGUGGCUAUGACUUGCACCCAUGCAGCACUAAAGAGGAAAGAUUUCCUCCAGUUAGGUUUUAAGUAUGACAACUUGUUAAUGGAAGAAAGUGCCCAAAUUUUAGAAAUUGAGACUUUCAUUCCAAUGUUACUCCAGCGGCAAGAGGAUGGUCAUGCACGGCUUAAACGCUGUAUUCUGAUUGGUGAUCAUCACCAGUUACCUCCUGUUGUGAAGAAUAUGGCUUUUCAGAAGUACAGUCACAUGGAUCAGAGUCUAUUUACCAGGUUUGUCCGAUUGGGCAUUCCUUACAUUGAGCUAAAUGCUCAAGGAAGAGCCAGGCCAAGUAUAGCUAAACUUUACAAUUGGAGAUACAGAGAAUUGGGAGACCUUCCUUCUGUAAAGGAAGAAGUCAUAUUCAAAAGGGCAAAUGCUGGAUUUGCUUAUGAUUAUCAGUUAGUGGAUGUUCCCGAUUACCUUGCUAAGGGGGAGACGACUCCAUCCCCUUGGUUUUACCAAAAUGAGGGAGAAGCAGAAUAUGUUGUCAGUGUCUAUAUAUACAUGCGUCUUUUAGGGUAUCCUGCAAAUAAGAUAUCCAUUUUGACUACUUACAAUGGUCAGAAACUUCUCAUCCGAGAUGUUAUAAAUAGGAGAUGUGUUCCAUAUCAUUUCAUUGGUCCUCCAAGCAAGGUUACUACAGUGGACAAGUUUCAAGGUCAGCAAAAUGAUUUUAUAUUGCUAUCUCUUGUGCGUACUCGAUUUGUUGGUCACCUACGUGAUGUAAGAAGAUUGAUUGUUGCAAUGUCACGUGCUCGACUUGGUUUGUACGUCUUUUGCCGUCGUUCCCUUUUUGAACAAUGCUAUGAGCUGCAACCGACAUUUCAGCUGCUUCUUAAAAGACCUGACCACCUUGCCCUUAAUUUGAAUGAAAUUACAUCAUAUACUGAACGAGAUGUUGAAGAUCCUGGAUCUAAACAUAUACAUCUUGUCAGUGGCAUUGAGGAGAUGGGGAGUAUCAUAGAUAGUCUGUAUCAGGUAAAGUUGAGACAGGAGUUUCAUCAAAAUGAGCCUUAUUCUGGUCAAGUAGAACCAUCAGAAAAUAACGAAAACAGCGUGGACAUGCUAGAGCAAGCGGAGGGCAGUGAUAUGCCACAACAAGCGGAGGACAGUGAUACGCCACAACAAGCAGAGGACAUGCCACACGAAAUCAAGGAGGCUACAACUGUCGAUAACCAUGUGGCUGAAAAUAUGCCACCCGAGAACAGCUCGGAAGAUGCUACCAUGGUUGAUAACAGUGAUGGUGUUGCAAAGGAGGAGACCGGUGUAGGUGGUUCUAAGUAAGCAAGCAUCCAUUACACUUGUGUUUAUUUUUAAGUUACAUAUCCGUAGGUCAUGCCAUUUAGUUCUAUGUCUAGAUAAAUCAGUGUGAAAUUGACAAGAUGUAGCAAUGGGAAAUCAGAUUUUUGAUGUGAAAGGUAGGGUGGAGGAAUUUAUGAGCUUGUACCAAUUGUAGUCCGUAUAUGGAGAUUUUGAUAGAAGAUGAAUUUGCUGUAGAUUGAAUGUCUUACCUGAUUAAGAUCUUAGUCCCCCAGAAAGAAGGGUAUGCAGAUCUCUUACUAUGCUGUACAGUAGCACCGACAUUCACUACUAUAGGAUAAGAUGACGUUUAUGUAACUUUUCUUCUUUUUGUUAAAAAAGGAAAAACUGCGGAUAUUUUUGUGUUUCUUGUCA